UUCCACAAAGGGUAGAAAUUUUAGGACAGGAGAAAAAGGCAGACCACAGCAGACUCCUGCCUGGCUGAUUUAAAGGUAUGCCGUGAAGAGGAUGAUUCCCACGUAGCUCAAAGCACUGCGUGAAGUACUGCAGUCCAUUAUGUUCAGCACUCCUCUUACAAUGUGGUUUUAGGGCUGAACCCUAAGGAUUCAGUCACACUGAAUCCAGUGUCACUCCAAGAUUUGUGAUGUCAGUACAGGCCCUGUAGAAACGGUUGCUGAAAAGUUUUGUAAGAGUAAAUUUUGAGGAGGGACUCGAAAAAGAAAAAUGUGAUUAUUUGGUGAAUGAGAAAAUGAUAGGCUGAGCGUAAAUGGCAAUGGGUGAUAUAUCCUGACAGGGAUAAGUUAUUGAGGACUUGCCCAAGGUCAGGCAGUGAAGUGGUAGCAGGGCCUGACACUUAGCAACAGCAUAACCCUUCCUUUCUUCAGAGCAUGCUGAACAGCAGCAUUAAAUAGCCCUAAUUUCUUGUCACUACUGUUUAAAAAAAAUUAAAAAACAGAUAAAACCAAAACAAUCCCCCACAAAUAAAUAAAAGACAAAAACUGGUAGCAUUGAUCUUCCUCCUCAAGAAUAACUAACCUUAAAUCUUGCAGGCCUUCUUUCUGCAAUUUGAUUUUAAUUAUCAAACAGCACAAUUCUGUAAAAAAAAGUUUAAAAAUAGCAAUAGCAAUUGAUAAUGAUGGUGAUGUCACCUCCUGAGACCAUUGUGGAUGAUGCUCCCUGACCCCAAAAACAAGACAUUAUGCAAUCUGCCUAACUAGAGGCACAGGAGAAGCAGAGGUUUCCCACUGCUCAGGAUGUGUGCUCAAACUAGAGCCCACCUGACCCUGAGAAGAGAGGGAGGUUCACCACAGCCAGGACAUGAAGGCACCACCUGGGGCAGAUCUCCACUUUCUUCCUGCCUCUAUCGUGAUCCCCAUUCCAUUCUCAUGUUAAAGCCAAUGCCAUUCCAACCCAUCCCCAUGCCUAUUCCAUGCCCAAGACCAAUCCACUCCUAUCGUGCCCAAGCACAUCCUCUCCUGCUCCCAUUACCUUCUCAUUCUAGUGUCCACACUUGACCCAUCUCAUCACCACACCCAUACAUCAGUCCAUGCCCUCGUCAUGUCCAUCCCCUCCCCAUGCCAGGCAUGCCUACGUGCAUGCCCAAAUCCCCUUCAUGCCCGUGCCAUGCCCAUGCCCUUCUCCCAAUGCCCAUGCCAUGCCUGUGCCACGACUGCAUCACGCCCAUGCCCGUGCCUGUUCCCAUCUCACGCCAGUGUCAUGUUCUCCCCAUGCCCAUGCCAUGCCCGUGUCUGUGUCCAUCCCUGGCCGUGUCUAUUCCAUGAUCGUGACCAUGCCUGUGCCUGUAUUUUCUUCAGCCCCACUUCCACGCCGUGCCCGUGCCCGUGUCCUCCCCGGCCCCGUGCCUCUGCCACGUCCAUGCCCACGCCAGCCCGUGCCUGUUCCCACCCCGUGCCCCUCUCCACGCAUCCGCAGGCCGUGUCCGAGCUGUUCCCACGCCGCUGGGGUGGGCAGCAGCCAGCCGCAUGUGCGCCUGUCAUUCCAGCCGGGAGCGCCGGCUCCUGCCUCCCAUUCAUGUAACCUGUGUGUGUCUCUCUUUCUCUCUGUGUGUAACAGCGAGAGGGAGAGAGCGAGCGAGGCACGGAGAGAGGGAGGAGGAGGGGGGAAGCUUUAAAUAAAGCCUUUGGAUUGCAGCUGCUUAUUUUGGGCAGUCCUACCAGGACGAUUCCUCUCAGGAAAGAAGCUGGACCAGUCAUUGUUUUUUGUUUUUUUUUUUUUAAUUUAUUUUGAUUUUGAUUUUUGGGGGUGGCAGCGGUGUAUCUCUGAGCUGCCUGCGGAGAUGAGCUCCGGUGCCUGCCUGUAGUUUCCACUUUGGGAUCGCUGGACACAGAAGUGGCAUUUCGGUGGGGGGAAGCUGCAGACAUGUGAGGAUGGCUGGACCAUUGCAGUGGCGCACUGAUUUUUGUGGAUGGUGAUCACAAAAAGGGAAUUGAGAAGAGGCCACCCGAGUUAUUCUGACACAUGACUUCAGUGCUUUCUAAUCUUAGACAGAUGAGGAUCUGAAAUAUGUAGACUGAGAAUAACACAUGUCUAGGUUAAAACAGUAUCCUACAAGAAGCAUUUGAUGGAUUGUUCCUAGAUAUUUCUAAGAAGGCAACUACAAAAAGUUAUUCUAAUCUGACCACCACACAGACGUCAUUAUUUUAAUGUUGAAUAUUCAGAGGAGGGUGCCAUGGAUGUAAAAGAAAGGAAGCCGUAUCGAUCUCUGACUCGGCGCCGCGACACUGAGCGCCGCUACACCAGCUCUUCAGCCGAGAGUGAGGACAGCAAGGCACCCCAGAAGUCCUACAGCUCCAGCGAGACCCUGAAGGCUUAUGACCAAGACUCCAGGCUGACCUACAGCAACCGGGUCAAAGACAUGGUGCACCAGGAGGCCGAUGAGUUCUGCCGAGCAGGGGCCAACUUCUCUUUGCGAGAGCUGGGCCUUGAAGAUGUGACACCCCCGCACGGGGCUUUGUACCGCACCGACAUCGGGCUGCCCCACUGCGGCUACUCCAUCAGCGCCGGCUCGGACGCCGACACGGAAGCAGACGUGGUCAUGUCUCCCGAGCACCCAGUGAGGCUCUGGGGACGCAACACCAAGUCUGGGCGCAGCUCCUGCUUGUCAAGCCGGGCCAACUCGAACCUCACCCUCACCGACACGGAGCACGAGAAUACUGAAACCGAUCAUCCUCCAAAUAUUCAAAACCAUUCAAGACUUCGAACUCCACCACCUCCAAUAUCACAUGCUCACACCCCAAAUCAGCAUCAUGCGGCCUCCAUCAAUUCCUUGAACAGAGGGAACUUCACUCCACGCAGCAACCCCAGCCCAGCUCCUACAGACCACUCUCUCUCUGGAGAACAACCAGCCACUACUCAAGAGCCAACCCAUGCUCAGGACAACUGGUUACUCAACAGUAACAUCCCACUGGAGACAAGAAACAUAGCAAAGCAGACAUUCCUAGAGACAUUGCAGGACAACCUCAUUGAGAUGGACAUUCUCACCUCCUCCCGACAUGACGGUGCUUACAAUGAUGGGCACUUCCUGUUCAAACCUGGAGGCACUUCUCCCCUUUUUUGUACAACGUCGCCGGGAUAUCCCCUGACGUCCAGCACUGUGUACUCACCUCCCCCUAGGCCCCUUCCCAGAAGUACCUUUUCUAGGCCUGCCUUUAACCUGAAGAAACCCUAUAAGUACUGUAACUGGAAAUGUGCUGCUCUGAGUGCCAUUGUCAUCUCAGUCACGCUGGUGAUCCUGCUGGCCUAUUUCAUAGCCAUGCACCUGUUUGGCCUAAACUGGCACCUGCAGCCGAUGGAAGGGCAGAUGUAUGAGAUCACGGAAGACACAGCCAGCAGUUGGCCAGUGCCAACGGACGUCUCCUUAUAUCCUUCGGGGGGCACAGGGUUAGAGUUACCUGACAGGAAAGGCAAAGGAACCAGUGAAGGAAAGCCCAGUAGUUUCUUUCCAGACGACAGUUUUAUAGACUCCGGAGAAAUUGAUGUAGGCAGACGAGCCACACAGAAGAUCCCUCCUGGUAUCUUUUGGAGAUCUCAGGUGUUCAUCGACCACCCAGUGCAUCUGAAAUUCAAUGUGUCUUUAGGAAAGGCUGCGCUGGUUGGCAUCUAUGGCAGAAAAGGACUCCCACCAUCACACACACAGUUUGACUUUGUUGAGCUCCUUGAUGGAAGACGUCUACUGACACAGGAGGCAAGAAGCCUGGAAGGACCUCAGCGGCAGCACAGAGCUUUUGUGCCCUUGGCCAGCCACGAGACAGGAUUUAUCCAGUAUUUAGAUUCAGGAAUAUGGCAUUUAGCCUUCUACAAUGAUGGCAAGGAAUCGGAAGUGGUUUCUUUUCUUACUACUGCUAUUGAAUCAGUGGAUAACUGUCCCAGUAAUUGCUAUGGGAAUGGAGACUGUGUGUCUGGGACUUGCCAUUGCUUCCUUGGCUUUCUGGGCCCUGACUGCGGCAGAGCGUCCUGCCCAGUGCUGUGCAGUGGAAAUGGGCAGUACAUGAAAGGAAGGUGCUUGUGCCACAGUGGCUGGAAGGGAGCGGAGUGUGACGUCCCGACCAACCAGUGCAUUGAUGUCUCCUGCAAUAACCACGGCACGUGCAUCAUGGGCACCUGUAUCUGCAACCCGGGGUACAAAGGCGAGAGCUGCGAAGAAGUUGACUGCAUGGAUCCUACCUGCUCGGGACGAGGCGUGUGCGUCCGAGGAGAGUGUCACUGUUCGGUUGGCUGGGGAGGAGCAAACUGUGAGACCCCAAGAGCCACGUGUCUGGAUCAGUGCUCUGGUCACGGGACCUUCCUCCCCGAUACUGGACUCUGCAGCUGUGACCCCAACUGGACUGGCCACGACUGCUCAAUCGAGAUUUGUGCGGCGGACUGCGGAGGACACGGCGUUUGUGUGGGGGGCACCUGCCGCUGCGAGGAGGGCUGGAUGGGCACGGCCUGUGAUCAGCGAGCGUGUCACCCACGCUGCAACGAGCACGGCACCUGCCGGGACGGCAAGUGUGAAUGCAGCCCGGGCUGGAACGGAGAGCACUGCACCAUUGAGGGAUGCCCUGGCUUGUGCAACGGCAAUGGCAGAUGCACCCUGGACAUGAACGGCUGGCACUGCGUCUGCCAGCUGGGCUGGAGAGGAGCGGGCUGUGACACUUCCAUGGAGACGGCAUGCGGCGACGGGAAGGACAACGAUGGAGAUGGCCUGGUGGAUUGCAUGGACCCAGACUGCUGCUUGCAGCCACUGUGCCACGUUAAUGCACUGUGCCUGGGCUCCCCAGACCCCCUGGAUAUCAUCCAAGAGACACAAGCCCCCAUCUCUCAGCAGAGCUUGCAUUCCUUCUAUGAUCGAAUCAAGUUCCUGAUUGGCAAGGACAGCACUCACGUCAUCCCAGGGGACAAUCCUUUUGAAGGCGGACAUGCAUGUGUGAUUCGAGGCCAGGUGAUGACAGCAGAUGGGACCCCUCUAGUUGGAGUGAAUAUCAGCUUUGUCAACAAUCCUCUGUUUGGAUACACAAUCAGCAGACAAGAUGGCAGCUUUGAUCUUGUUACCAUUGGUGGAAUCUCCAUCAUCCUGCACUUUGAGCGGGCUCCCUUCAUCACGCAGGAGCACACGCUGUGGCUGCCAUGGGAUCGCUUCUUUGUGAUGGAAACCAUAGUCAUGAGGCACGAAGAGAACGAGAUCCCGAGCUGUGACCUCAGUAACUUCGCCCGGCCCAACCCUGUGGUCUCUCCAUCUCCACUCACUGCUUUUGCAACUUCCUGCUCAGAGAAAGGUCCCAUUGUUCCUGAAAUCCAGGCUCUACAAGAGGAGAUUAACGUUUCCGGCAGUAAAAUAAAAGUGAGUUACCUGAGCAGCCGCACAGCUGGCUACAAAUCCGUGCUGCGGAUCAGCAUGACCCACCCCACCAUCCCCUUCAACCUCAUGAAGGUCCACCUCAUGGUGGCCGUCGAGGGACGCCUCUUCAGAAAGUGGUUUGCAGCAGCUCCAGACCUGUCCUACUAUUUCAUCUGGGACAAGACAGAUGUCUACAGCCAGAAGGUGUAUGGGCUCUCAGAAGCCUUCGUCUCAGUAGGUUAUGAGUAUGAAUCCUGUCCAGACUUAAUCCUGUGGGAGAAGAGGACAGCUGUGCUUCAGGGUUAUGAAAUCGAUGCUUCCAAACUUGGAGGAUGGUCCCUGGACAAACACCACGCCCUCAACAUACAAAGCGGCAUCUUGCAUAAAGGAAACGGGGAAAACCAGUUCAUUUCCCAGCAGCCUCCUGUAAUUGGAAGCAUUAUGGGCAACGGCCGCAGACGGAGCAUUUCUUGUCCAAGCUGCAAUGGCCUGGCAGAUGGAAACAAACUCCUGGCUCCUGUUGCCCUAACAUGUGGGUCUGAUGGAAGUCUUUAUGUUGGAGAUUUCAACUACAUCCGAAGGAUCUUUCCCUCUGGCAAUGUCACCAACAUACUGGAGCUGAGCCACAGCCCAGCUCAUAAGUAUUACUUGACCACAGAUCCCAUCACCGGCUCCAUCUACCUCUCGGACACCAACAGCCGACGCAUCUAUAAAAUCAAGUCAACCACAUCAGUGAAAGACAUUGUGAAGAACUCGGAGGUCUUGGCUGGAACCGGGGAUCAGUGCCUCCCGUUCGAUGACACCCGCUGCGGAGAUGGAGGCAAAGGCACUGAUGCCACCCUUACAAAUCCCAGGGGCAUCACGGUGGAUAAGUUUGGGCUGAUCUACUUUGUGGAUGGCACCAUGAUCAGGCGGAUUGAUCAGAAUGGGAUCAUCUCAACUGUGUUGGGCUCCAAUGACCUGACGUCUGCUCGGCCUCUCAGCUGUGACUCUGUUAUGGACAUUUCUCAGGUUCGUCUAGAGUGGCCCACAGAUCUGGCAGUGAACCCCAUGGAUAAUUCCCUCUAUGUCCUCGACAAUAACGUCGUGCUGCAGAUCUCUGAGAACCACCAGGUGCGCAUCGUGGCGGGGAGGCCCAUGCACUGCCAGGUGCCGGGCAUGGAUCACUUUCUCCUCAGCAAGGUGGCGAUCCACGCCACACUGGAGUCUGCCACCGCCCUGGCCGUGUCCCAUACCGGGGUCCUGUACAUCGCCGAGACCGACGAGAAGAAGAUCAACCGCAUCCGGCAGGUGACCACCAACGGGGAGAUCUCGCUGGUGGCCGGCGCCCCGAGCAGCUGCGACUGCAAGAAUGACGCCAACUGCGACUGCUUCUCGGGGGACGACGGCUACGCCAAGGACGCCAAGCUCAACGCGCCGUCCUCCCUGGCCGUGUGUGCAGACGGGGAGCUGUAUGUCGCCGACCUGGGCAAUAUCCGAAUCCGCUUCAUUCGGAAAAACAAACCCUUCCUCAACACGCAAAAUCUCUAUGAGUUAUCCUCGCCCAUAGACCAGGAGCUCUACUUGUUUGACACCAGUGGGAAGCACCUUUAUACUCAGAGCCUUACCACUGGAGAUUAUCUUUACAAUUUUACUUAUUCUGGAGAUGGAGAUAUAACCCUGAUCACUGACAAUAACGGCAACUUAGUCAAUAUCCGAAGAGAUUCCACAGGGAUGCCCCUCUGGCUGGUGGUGCCUGACGGCCAAGUCUACUGGGUGACAAUUGGUACCAACAGUGCACUCAAGAGUGUAACGACACAGGGGCAUGAAGUAGCCAUGAUGACUUACCACGGCAACUCUGGUCUCCUUGCCACUAAAAGCAAUGAAAACGGUUGGACAACAUUUUAUGAGUACGACAGCUUUGGCCGCCUGACCAACGUGACCUUCCCCACUGGCCAAGUGAGCAGCUUCCGCAGCGACACCGACAGCUCCGUGCACGUCCAGGUGGAGACCUCCAGCAAGGAUGAUGUUACAAUAACAACCAAUUUGUCGGCAUCGGGGGCCUUCUACACCCUGCUCCAAGACCAAGUCCGAAACAGCUACUACAUCGGUGCUGACGGCUCCCUCAGACUGAUGCUGGCCAAUGGCAUGGAGGUGGCCCUGCAGACCGAGCCACAUCUGCUGGCUGGCACCGUCAACCCCACGGUGGGGAAGAGGAAUGUCACCCUGCCCAUCGACAAUGGCCUCAACCUCGUGGAGUGGAGGCAGAGGAAGGAGCAAGCCAGAGGACAGGUCACUGUCUUUGGACGCCGGCUGAGGGUUCACAACAGGAACCUGCUGUCCCUUGACUUUGAUCGUGUGACAAGGACUGAGAAAAUCUAUGAUGACCACCGCAAGUUCACACUCCGCAUCCUGUACGACCAGGCAGGGAGGCCCAGUCUCUGGUCACCCAGCAGCAGACUGAACGGGGUCAAUGUCACCUAUUCCCCAGGAGGACACAUUGCAGGGAUUCAGAGGGGCACCAUGUCACAAAGGAUGGAGUACGAUCAGUCUGGCAGAAUUACAUCCAGAAUCUUUGCUGAUGGUAAAUCAUGGAGCUACACCUACUUGGAGAAGUCCAUGGUGCUGCUCCUUCAUAGCCAGAGACAGUACAUCUUUGAGUUUGACAAGAACGACCGGUUGUCCUCAGUGACCAUGCCCAACGUUGCCCGUCAGACUUUGGAAACCAUUCGUUCCAUUGGUUACUACAGGAACAUCUACCGGCCGCCGGAAGGCAAUGCCUCAGUAAUUCAGGAUUUCACAGAGGAUGAGCAGCUCCUCCACACCUUGUACUUGGGCACAGGGAGACGUGUCAUCUACAAGUAUGGGAAGCUGUCCAAGCUAGCUGAGAUGCUCUACGAUACCACAAAGAUCAGUUUCACGUACGACGAAACCGCGGGCAUGCUGAAGACCAUAAACUUGCAGAACGAAGGGUUCACUUGCACAAUCAGGUACAGACAGAUAGGACCCCUCAUUGACAGACAGAUUUUCCGCUUCACCGAGGAGGGCAUGGUGAAUGCUCGCUUUGACUACAACUAUGACAACAGCUUCCGGGUGACCAGCAUGCAAGCGGUCAUCAACGAGACGCCUUUGCCUAUUGAUCUCUACAGGUACGACGACGUGUCAGGCAAAACUGAGCAAUUUGGUAAAUUUGGGGUCAUUUACUACGACAUCAACCAGAUUAUCACCACUGCUGUCAUGACCCACACUAAACAUUUUGAUGCCUAUGGCAGAAUGAAGGAGGUCCAGUAUGAGAUAUUCCGGUCUCUCAUGUACUGGAUGACUGUGCAGUACGACAACAUGGGGAGAGUGGUUAAGAAAGAGCUGAAGGUUGGCCCUUACGCAAACACAACUCGUUACUCAUAUGAAUAUGAUGCUGAUGGCCAGUUGCAGACUGUGUCUAUCAAUGACAAACCUCUCUGGCGUUACAGCUAUGACUUAAAUGGAAACCUCCAUCUGUUGAGUCCAGGGAAUAGUGCCCGCCUUACACCACUCAGGUAUGACCUCAGGGAUAGGAUUACUAGGCUGGGGGAUGUGCAGUACAAAAUGGAUGAAGAUGGCUUCCUGAAGCAAAGGGGCAAUGAUAUUUUUGAGUACAAUUCAGCUGGCCUGCUCGUCAAAGCCUACAAUAAGGCAAGUGGGUGGAGUGUGAAGUACCGCUAUGAUGGCCUAGGAAGGAGAAUCUCCAGCAAAACCAGCCAUGGCCAUCACUUGCAGUUCUUCUACGCAGAUCUGACCAACCCAACCAAGGUCACCCAUUUGUACAACCACUCGAGCUCUGAGAUCACCUCCCUGUACUAUGACCUCCAAGGCCACCUUUUCGCGAUGGAGCUCAGCAGCGGCGAUGAAUUCUACAUAGCAUGCGAUAACAUUGGCACUCCUUUGGCAGUCUUCAGUGGGACUGGCCUAAUGAUCAAGCAGAUACUGUACACAGCAUAUGGGGAGAUCUAUAUGGACACUAAUCCCAACUUCCAGAUCAUCAUCGGCUACCAUGGAGGACUGUAUGACCCCCUCACGAAGCUUGUCCACAUGGGGCGGAGAGACUACGAUGUGCUAGCGGGUCGCUGGACAAGUCCAGACCAUGAAAUGUGGAAGCAUCUGAGCAGCAAUAACAUAAUGCCUUUCAACCUGUAUAUGUUCAAAAACAACAACCCCAUUAGCAACUCUCAGGAUAUCAAAUGUUACAUGACAGAUGUCAACAGCUGGCUGCUCACCUUUGGGUUCCAGCUGCACAAUGUCAUCCCCGGCUACCCCAAGCCAGACAUGGAUGCAAUGGAGCCGUCGUAUGAGCUAAUCCACACGCAGAUGAAAACCCAAGAGUGGGACAACAGCAAGUCCAUUCUGGGGGUCCAAUGUGAAGUGCAGAAGCAGCUGAAGGCCUUUGUCACCCUGGAGCGCUUCGAACAAAUCUACAGCUCCAGCAUCGCCGGGUGCCAGCACGUCAAGAGGAACAGGAACUUUGCUUCUGGAGGUUCCAUCUUUGGCAAGGGUGUCAAGUUUGCCAUGAAGGACGGGCGCGUGGCCACUGACAUCAUCAGCGUGGCCAACGAGGAUGGGCGGAGGAUUGCGGCCAUCCUGAACAACGCCCACUACCUGGAGAACUUGCACUUCACCAUCGACGGGGUGGACACGCACUACUUCAUUAAGCAGGGGCCGUCGGAGGGCGACCUGUCCAUCCUGGGCCUCAGCGGCGGGCGGAGGACCCUGGAGAACGGCGUGAAUGUGACAGUGUCCCAGAUCAACACAGUGCUGAGCGGGAGGACUAGACGCUACACGGACAUCCAGCUCCAGUACGGCGCACUGUGUCUGAACACGCGCUACGGGACCACCCUGGACGAGGAGAAGGCACGCGUCCUGGAGCUGGCCCGGCAGCGCGCUGUCACCCAGGCUUGGUCCCGGGAACAGCAGAGACUGCGGGAUGGGGAGGAGGGUAUUCGCUCGUGGACAGAAGGGGAGAAGCAACAAGUGCUAAACACGGGCCGGGUACAGGGCUACGAUGGCUAUUUUGUGAUCUCAGUGGAGCAGUACCCCGAACUCUCAGACAGCGCCAACAACAUCCACUUCAUGAGACAGAGCGAGAUGGGCAGAAGGUGACAGAGAGGGUCAAUGCGGUGACUUCUUGCCAAAGACAGCUACUCUUUUGUGGCCACUUACCUGACUGUGUUGUACUCAAUCCUUUUUCUAAACUGAACAAGGUUGGGGGGGAGGAAAAUAGAAAGAGAAGGAAUAAUACGGUUGCACUGUAACUCAUGCAACAUACUUUUUUCCCGCUUUAAUUUGGCCUUCACGCAUUUUUUGCAAUGAACAGAAGAUAUAUUUUGCCGUAGUGUGAUCACAGUGAAAUUUACUGUCUCUUGUCCUUUUUUUUGUUUGUUUGGGUUUUUUUGUUUCUUUUGCCCCCUCUUUGUGAGGAAGUUGAAGUGGGGAGUCGUCAACGUACAUCCUUAGGUGUAAGUGCGAAAUGGGUGUCUGUGCUAACUUGUGUCAUCCUAACCCUUUCUGAUUUGGGGCAGGGACAUAGCCUUCCACCUGGAACAGGGGGAGCCCAUGGCACGCCAGAGAUCUCUUCCCAGAAAGAAAGGAGGUGGAAGACAACGCUGAUUCUGAUACUCUGAAAGUGACCGUCUGAAUCAUGUGCCUCAAAAGAGACCUUACAAGUAGUUUUCAUGUUUUGCUUGGGACAUAAAGUGUUUCUUGGGGGCUCCUGCUGAGCAGAAGUAGAUUAUAGAGGCAAGGGAGCUGAUUAUAUUACCUUGCAAGAUGAUUUUCUUCCUUCCUGAACUGGAAUAAAAAAAGAAAAAAAAUCAGUCUUUUUUCAUUAUGAGAGUAGAUACUUCCUGGGGUUUUUUGUGUGUGCACAAAUCCUGGUUUUAGUUAAAUAACCUAGCAAAAGCCAAGAAAAGGGACUCCUGCUCUAUUGAGAAAAGCUAAAAUGAAUCCUCUCUCAUACGUAGAGCUGUUCUAUAGGUGGAUUUAAUGCACCCAUGUUGUACAUUUGCUAAUGGCAUAACUUCAUUAAAUGUAUAGUGUUUCAGUACAUGAGGCUACGUGUUUAACAGUCCACUGUGCUGUAUCUGAUAAAGCCAGUUAAUUUUUAGGAAGCUGAUUUGAAUUUAAAAGUAGUUAUAGUAUCCCAGUGACAUACCACUGAAAAUUAGAGCCAAACCCUGCUUUUCCUGAUUCUGGAGCUUGUAUUUAUUGGCUGGGAAAUGCAGUUUGGAGUAGCAUGCUGGCAAGUCGUUUAUGACUAUGGCAGAUAAAUGUCUCCUGGGGACUUUGGCAGCAGGGAUUUUAAAAUGUUUAAUAAGUAGCAACAGCUUGUGCGUGGUGGAACAAGGAGAAUAUUGAAAUCAACCCUCUCACUGUUUGGUACAUGAGCUCAAAUUUAAUGGAGAGCCCAGUUGACUGUUAGUAGUGACGAGGGGGAGGUUGAAUGGGAAUGCCCACUACAGAGAGGACCAAGUGCUUUAAUAAGAAACUGCUGACAAAGUUGCUGGGCAUGCUAAUGUAAUUUUUAUUCACAUAACCUCUGUGCUCUGCUAUUUGCAAGAGUCCUUGAAAUUCAAGGGAGCAAGGAGAUGAGCUCAGCAUCCUCUUCCCUGCCUGAAACAGUCCUGUGCUGUUCCUGCAGGCAGAAGUGUUACCCCACCUCUUAAUGGAGCACUGGCUGGAGGUGGCCAACAAUGGUCCCAGACAGGUGUCUCUAUCACACUGAUACCUGCACAUGUCCUGACUCUGAGAGCUCUCCUGGGUCUCUCGGGGAACAGCUCAGUCCUGUUUGUUUGGUUUUUUGUUUUUUUUAUUCCAUCCACUUUGGCUUUUCCCAGUUCUGCAGAGAGAUAAUCUGAGACAUGCAAGUCCAUGCCAAGUCUGUUUCCUUACCUGGAGUCCUACAGUGCACCUGUGUACUCAGAGGCAGCUCUUCUGCACUCGUGCCACCACCACUGCCAUCCUCCAGCACAGACUGACACUCCUCUGCAGGAUCUCGCCCCCAGAUACAGUGGGGGCGUGUGUUGGCCAUGCAGUCCUCCAGCAGUGAAACAUUGGCAGCCCGGUGCUCUCGCGGUUUCUCCGUAGAUGCCAGCUGCCAGCUCCGUCUGCCUUGCCUGUCUGUUCCCGGGUGCUUGCCAGGAGGAAGGUGAUGGGAUGGAAAUUCCCCUAACAGACUGUUCCUCCUCCAGUUCCAAAUCCCUAGUACGUCUGGCUGCGUGGCCAUGACCAACGGGAUGGGUUUGGUUUUCUGGUCAUCUCUCCUGCUUGCAGCAAGGGCAAUGGUGGAAUGGAGCAAGGACUCUGGACCACGCCUUGCAGCACACAACCUUUAUUACUUUGGCAGGGGUGAACCACAGGCAGCUGGAAAGGGUAUGUGGUUCUGGCAGAGCCAGGUGGCAGAAGAUGUAUUGGCCAGACGUGCUCCAGGCUUUGGCAAGGGAGCAGUUGCUUUGGCAGCUGCCAGCCAGGGAUGGUUAAAAGGCUGUGGCAUUGCCACAUGUCUGCACUUGGUAAGCCUGGAUUGCCCUGAGGAUGCACAGGUGGGGCUCAGGGGCAGCGUUAGCCAAACCAGCAGUAACCACCUACUCGAAGGAACCAGCACCUUCUUGCCAGUGCUGUCCAGCUCCCUGCUUCCCCCUCUCCAAGUCACACCAGGGACAAAUUCCUCUUAAAACCUCAAACUUGUGGUGGCUAUGAGUGUCUCAAACAGCAUGAAUGGAACAAAAAGAGACCUGUGGGAAGCUGGGCCAAAAGGUAUGAACCCCUGGUAAAGAUCUGCAGGGCAGAGAGAGCUCGAUGUGCCUCCCAUUUACACUGCCCCACUCCAAGCAGCUCUGAAGAGAAGUGGUGCUUCUGUAUCCAUCCCCGUCCAUGUGUUACAAUGCUAAGAGGAUCAGUGCAAGAGUAAAUGGGCCAUGUUGCCACAGAGCCAAGGAAAGGGAUUUAAGUGUAAGAUAUUCGUACUGGAACCCUGCCAGCCUGAGAUGGCACCUCUACAGCCUUACGCAGACUCUUCAGGUUAUUACAUGAGCUAAUGACUUCGAGGAGUUCACCCGUUUUUCAAGAGUCUCCCAGUCCUGCCGUGCUUGUCCAGCAUGCCCAGAGCCAGAAGCCCAGAGCUCUGUGCCAUGGCCAAGGCAAGACCUCAGGUUGCAUUUCUCUGCGUCCUCAAGCAGCACUGGGAUGUGACUGCACCUCUCUGCCUGCCAGGUCCAUGAUGGUCUUCUCCUGGGCCUGGUGUGGGAACUAUGGACAUUGUGUCAAAAAGGGGAAAAAAUAUAUAUGUAAAAGUAUAUAUAUGUAUAUGUUGCUCCUUUCUAUCCAAAAAAAAAUUUGAAAGGGAUGUGCUGUCUAAUAUUGGGUACAAACCUGUCCAAAGAUGGCUACUACCUUCCUGAAUCCUCAGCCUCUGUGAAAGCUUUCCACAUCACCUAGAUGGCAAAACAACAUUUUCAGUCCUGAAGCCCUAAAUUUUCCCCUUCAUUAGUGAAAAUGCUUUUUCUACAGGAUCUCAAGUGCAUUUCUGUGGAAUGGGCUGUGAACACAGAGUUGUACCCUCAUUAAGGAUCUGCACUCUCCUAUCCACAAGCAUUUCCACUCUACUGAUGGCUCCAUAGCCCCUUCCCAGCCUUUUUUGUUCCUUUUGCUUCCUCACGGGACCAUUCUGGCUGCCUGACCCUUCUUGCUUUGCUUGUAUGCAGGAGUGUAGGAAUGCAUUGCUUCCAUAAGACUGGAAGGUCCUGGGUGCAAAUCCCACAGCACUAACCCCCUAUCAUAGGAUCAGAGACUCGUUUGGGUUGGAAAGGACCUUAGAGUUCAUCCAGUUCCAACUCCCUGCCAUGGGCAGGGACAUCUUUCUCUAGAACGUGUUGCUCAAAGCCCCAUCCAACCUCACCUUGAACACCUACAAGGAUGGAACAUGCACAGCUUCUGUGGGCAACCUGUGCCAGUGCCUCACUAUCUUCACAGGAAAGAAUUCCUAAUACCUAAUCUGCGCUCUCUGUUUGAGCCAUUCCCCCUUGUCCUGUCACUCCAUGCCCUUGUCCAAAGACCCUCUCCAGCUCUCUUAGAGCCCCUCAGGCACUGGAAGGGUCUCUAAGGGCUUCCCAGAGUCUUAUCCAGUCUGAACACUCCCAGCUCUCUCAGCUGAGGUGCUCCAGCCUUUGAACAUCUCUGUGACCUCCUCUGGACUUGCUCCAACAGCUCCACCUCUUUCUUGUGUUGGGGUCCCCAGAGCUGGAUGCAGCAGUCCAGGUGGGAUCUGUGUAGGGCAGUGCAGGGGGUCAGAAUCUCCUCCCUCACCCUGCUGCCCUUGCUGCUGGUGAUGCGGCCCAGGGCACGUUUGGCUUUCUGAGCUGUGGGUGCACACUGAUGGGUCCUCUUGAGCUUCUCACCUAACAACACCCCCAAGUUUUUCUCCCUAGGGCUGCACUCCACCCAUUCUCUGCCCAGCCUGUAUUUGUGCUUGGGAUUGCCCCAGCUGAACUUCAUGAGGUUCACACAGGCCCACCGCUCAGGAUUAUCAAGGUGCCUCUGGAUGGCAUUUCUUCCCUCCAGCAUGUCAGCAAUUGCUCUAGAUGCUGUUUCAAAGGCAUGGCAGACCAUCUCCUGGGGAAAAUGGCAGUGGGCUUUAAGUCUCACGUGCUUUAAGGUUUGAUUUUGAGUAGUUGUUCUUUUUCUUGGCUCCCAAAAAGAAGACUCAGCUCUCACCAAAAGGAGUUUCCCAUCAAAAUACAAAGGUGAACUUCACUUACUUUCAACUGUGAUCUUUUCUCCUGUGCAAAGGGUGGUGAGAAGGAUCGUGACCAAAUCUCACACCUCAGAGGAGAAAAUCCAGUGCUCUGGAGAAGGGACUGCAUCUCUCAAUGAGAGUAGUAAGGAGCAACAGCUCAAGUCUUCAGCAGCUGGAGCUGGUACUGGAACAUGCUCCAUUUCAGGGGACAACAAUGAUGGGACCUACUUGAUGUGGCAUCCAAACAUGAGCAGUGCCAUGAGGACUCUGCAGCUGAAAAAUAUCCUGUGUACUCAGCCCAGGGGGAGAGGAGCAAGACUAAUUAGGCAUCACGAGAAAUGCCAUGUUUGUUUCCUCUGAGAUCUUUAUUUUAUUUUAUUUUUUUCCCUUUCAACUGAAGAUUGGCACUUGGAAAAAUCAUUAAGCGGUGGUGACCGGAGGGAAUCAUGCAGCUCGUCAUGUCUUUGUCAUCACAGCUAUUGAUCAGAGCCACAGUGAAAAUGGGCCAACAACGCUAAACAACACCGGGCGAGAGCCGAUGAGAUGAAGGUCAUUAAGAGCCCGGUGCUUGAUUCAGGUUUAGAAGACACAGAUGACUGGGAGCAGUCCCUGAGACACCAUUUGGCCGUAACUUAGGAACAGUGAGGGAUUUCUGUAAUAUGUCUGUAGUUGCUUUAUUGAGCGUAGGGACCAGCAUGAAAUUCUGCUCAGUCUAUUAUACAGACAGCGUAACCAGAAUAAAUCAAAAUUGUUCAAAAAAAAAACCUAAUAAAGUACUUUUUCAGCUGUGACUUGUAAGUGUCACCAUGAUGGAUGGCAGCGCAAUCCAUUAUGCAAAGACAAGGCUCUUAACAUGAAAUUUUAGAAUUCAAUUUUACGAUUUACAGAGAGGGCCCCCCUCGUAUUUACGGCACAGCAGUCUGUUUUGAUUCAAUCUCGGCGUAAUUGAAACCAGGGCCAGGGAUCAUGGUUAGUCCUGUGGCUGCUUUUUAAAAGGGGAGGAGAAAUGACUGCCUAUAACAUCAAUAAUGGAGCUAGGGAGAUCGCUUUGCUUGUUAAAUCUUACUCACUUUAUCUCCUCGCCCUGGUGGCACUGCCAGACCCGGUGAAUAUGAACACUGUGCCUCCAUCCCAGGGAUGCUUUUGAUGGAAUAAAACUUGGCUGCCGUGUGGCCAGCAGCAUCCUCCAUCCCACGGUGAGCACGGCCUGGGGCAUUUUUUGCUCCUGUUGCUAUAGUCCUCCACAGGACAAGCUAGUUUUCAUUACCUCUUUUUAUUAUAAUCACUCAUUUUAUUAUGAUCACUAAAUAGUCCCCCAUUACACCAAAGAAUUUUCAUGAGUUUUGUAAAAAUAAAAACCCACAGCUUUCUUGUGUUUGCCUUUUUUACUUUUGUUUGUUUCUUUUGGGUUGGGGUUUUUUUCAUCUCUUGAAUAUAUUUAAAUAAAGUUGCUUGUGACUGUAGAGUAAGCUUCAAACAGACACCACAGGCACAGAGGGCCCUGUCCAGGAUCGCCCUUCUGGCUCCUGGAUGAAGGGCCAUUGCAUGUCCUGGGGGCCAUUUCCUGUGGCAGUUUUCCAUCCUCUGCCACCCCAACAAAAGCAACCCAGCCCACCCAAGGGAAACCUUUUGUGUUUCUUUCCUACUCUCCUUUAAUUACCAUAAAACUUUGUGUUGCUGACCAAAUGUUACAUAGCUCAGCUGUUAACUCCCAUUCCAGAGGUCAAUGCUUUCUGGGGAGCAUAGAACACCACAAAUGAAAAUUAACUAAAUAUAUAUAUACAUAUAUAUAUAUUUAUUUUUUUUUCCUUAGGGAUGGAAACUGUUCAAGCAAACAAUAAAACUUCCAAAAAAGAAAAAGUGUUUGGACAGUUCACAGAUGUUAUUGAAAUAACCAAUCAAAGAAUCACACUUUUCUAUUAAAAAGAAAAAUGUUUAUUUUGUGAGAGGACUUCUAAUGCAGCUCCAGCCGAGAAGAGGACUUUGUAUCAAAGCUGCAUCUGUAAGCCCAGCACUGAAGACUCUUGUCAUUACCCUGUGUAAUAAUUUUCCUGAAGUCUGGAACUAAUUUUUUGAGAAAUUUUUUUUUCUCGAUACUUUGUGUUUCUAAUACUGUAUUCUUGACUGUGUAAAUACAAAGGCUGUAAAUAAGUGCAGAUGUAGAUACCUUCUAGAAAAAAAAAAAAAAAGCAAACAGACAGAAAUGACCAUGUGUAGCCUUCAGUGACAAAUAAAAGAAUAUUUUGUGUUUAAA